UCCAAGAACACCUCCACAUCCUAGAAAAACACCCCCAGAUCCUACAAAAACACCCCUAGUUCUUCCAAGAACACAAUCAGAUCCUUCAAGGAGACCAACAGAUCCUCCAAGAGCACCCUCAGAUACUUCAAGAACACCAACAGUUCCUCCAAGAACACCCUCAGAUCCUUCAAGAACACCAACAGUUCCUCCAAGAACACAACCGGUUUCUCUAAUGUCACCCCAGCGUGAGAAUGAUAGUAAACUUGAAGAGACAUUAAAAGGACUUACUUUAAAGAGAGAUCAGUAUAAAUUGGCUGCUCGCAAUUGUAACAGAAGUGGUGACAAAGAAAAUGCCAAAAAAUAUUUGAUUAUAUCGAAGGACUUCGAUGUUGUCAUUCAAGCUGUAAAGGAUGGAAAAGAUGUUGAUCUCACACAAUGCCCUCCCCCUCCCCCUGGAUUUCCAGGAUUUAAUUUGAAAAGCCAAUUUCUUGAUGAACAUUACAACAUUAAAAAAGACGUACAUGAAAAAUUCAAAAGCAUAUCUUGGAUAUGUGGCAACUAUGGAACAGUUACAAAAAACAAAGUUAUACCAUAUCCUCAUUUGUAUAUCACAGUUGAUGGUAUUAAAGGAAGGUCCAAUGAAGAUUUAAAGAAAGAAAUUGACAAGAUAUUUGAAUGGGAAGCAUCAAAAUUCAUUGAAAUCAGGCGUAAACCUUACAAAAAACCAAAGAUUCGAUAUUUAUCAAACUUCCGCGCUGUUCAAAAUGAUGAUGCACCAAAUCCAAUGCAAAGCCCUAAUGAUGUUGUUUUGGAAAACCAAUCAACCAGUAGCUCUCAUGGUACAAUGACAAUGUUCUGUGGCAAAAACAAUAAGUAUUACGCCUUGACAUGCGCACAUGUUGCUUAUGGCGCAAGUGACAUGGUGGACAGUGCAUUGGCUUUUAACCAGGAAAAUGCCUUUUUGGCCUUUCGCGGUGCCGUUCAAUACCUUAAUGAAGGUACAGCUUAUUUUUACAAACUACCAAACAGUGGUAAUGAAUUUCUACUUCCCUCUUUUCCUAAUGGCGUGUUUGGUCAUUUUGACGGAGAAGUUGAUAUUGUGAGAAUUUUCAUCGGUGAUGAACGUUUUUUUCAUUUUUAUGGAGGAGAUGACAUGGAAUGUUUUGCCUUGACUUUAGAUAAGGCAAGUAAAGAACUUUGCGAAAGAAUCGAAGAUGGAGAUGAAUCUGUGAGAGUUCGUACAGAUUAUCAUAACAUUGGAUUUAUAAGUGAGCGAAGUUUUUCUCACUUGACAAGGCCUUCAAAUGAAAUCGAGAGAGAAAUCAUUUUUCAAAAUGCAGUGAAGGUCAGAAGUAAUUGCCAAUUCCUAAAAAAGGUGACUCUGGUGCACUUGUUUAUUUUUGGAUGA